CACCUUAUCACAUUUAUCUCGUGCAUAUUGCACAACACAAUUAUUAUUCUAUUUAUCACUAUUUUUCCCAUCAUAAUAAUAUUCACUUCCUUUUUUUCUCUUUCUCUCCCUAUUUUUCUCUCUCAAAUCAAAAUCAAAUCAGUAACUCCAUUACGAAUCCUUUGCAAUUGAUCAUGUCGGGAUCACCCGCUGUUGAAAUCGAUUUCUUUCGUCUCAAUGCUGAAUCAUUAUCCGCUCCGAAGAAACUUUCUGAUCGUCGUGACAUCCAAGGCGUGAUAUCGAAGAUUAAUCCGGAGCUUCUGAAGACUGCGAUUGCUUCCGCAUCAGCUAACAUGAGUUUCGUGGGGAGCAAGUCAGGUUCAUCUCCUCAGCAAUCUGAAACUCUGCCGGUUUUUAAUCAGGAUUGUAGCAGUGUUAAUAUGGCUAGAUGCGGCGCUCCUUUGACGAUCUUCUACAACGGAACAGUUUCCGUUUUCGACGUUUCUCCUAUUCAAGCGGAGAAUAUCAUGAAACUUGCUGAGAGUGGAAGUUUAGGUUAUAAGACUGUUGUUGAACCAACACUUGUGAAGCCUACUACUGUUAGCAACCAAAAUCCGGCGGUAGGCGGAGCACUCAACAAAGAUCUGCCAUUAUCACGGAAGAAAUCGUUGAGGAGGUUUCUGGAAAAGCGCAAAGAAAGGCAGGUGUCGGCAUCUCCAUACGCGUAUUCACAAGAAAAUGCUUCUUUACAUUGAAGAAAAAGCCGAAACAGAAGAUAUAUAGAAAUACAAAUAUACAAAGACUUUAAUUAUAUGAACUUCUUUUUUUUUUUUGGUUUUUUUUUUCUGAAAAGGGUUUGGUGAUCUGUGGAGUUAUUAGGCCAAUUACAGAAAUGAUUCUUUUUAUUAUUAUUAUUAUUUAUAGUUGGAUAAUUUGGUGGUCAACAUAAUCAUAUAUGACCACGUUUGGUUUGUUUAUUAUCGACUAAUGUUGUUCAAAAGGGUUCCCUCAAAUUUGACCAAGUCAUAUUUGGAAACGUGAC